UUUAUGAACUAGGGUAUGUUGUCAUCAAAAUGCAACUGGGCGAAAAAUGUCCGCUACUAAAAAUUCUUUCGAUUUUAAUUCUCUAAUAGAAAAUGUUGACAGAAAAUGUCGCGAAAAUGUGGGUAAUUAUCUAAAAACGGUUGAUACAAGUUUAGACGAAAAGGCGGAAACAAUAAAGGCAAUAAGCUGGCUAGAUUGGGUCAAACCUUUAAACUAUAUCAAGGUGGUGCACACUGACAUUCCUGAUUUCAUAUUACCUAAAAAUUGCUCUGGUGAACUCAUUGAUGUUAAAGUUUUCUCUAAAUCUGGACCAGAUGAUAAAAUAUAUGAUACUUACAAACUUGUACGAGACAGGGUAGCCAGAGGAAACUGCUUCUUACGUAUUACUAGAGGUCCUCAUGCUGGAACAAGAUGCAUAUUGCAUGCAUUGAAGAAAUUUACUGGAGGUCUUGGAGAUGAUGAUGACAGAGAUAGGGGAGAUAAUUUAACUUGGAAAAAAUAUUUUGUCAAAUCAAUAGAUGAUGCAAAGAAAGUAAUUGCCACACGAAAAGCUAAUGGGGAGGCAGCCCAUCUUAGCUGCAUACAGAUAGAUGGACAAAUUCUUCUUUGUGCAGGAUCAAAGAAUGUUCAUAUGCUUAUCCGUAACAGAGGUGACAUAGCCUUAUACAGAGGGGAUCGAUACAGAAUUGCAUCUGAAGUUUCUCAUGCUAUUCUAGAUGCCCUGGAUAGUAUGGAGCCAUCAAGAAAAGAAAUGCUGUUGCAGUUUUUAAUAGCCACAAGAUUUACUGCAGUUUUUGAAAUUUUAUCCCCUGAUCACCAACAUGUGGAAAACUUGAGUCACUUGACAAAGCCAGUUGUGCAGUUUAUAACCUGGACUAGCACAGAGUUGGAACCUAUGCCAGAUCAAAUGUUAUGUACUGUUCCACCCCAUAUAGGUAUAGAGUUGGCUAGAGCACUUGGUCUGACUACAAUAGAUUAUGAGGUUAUUGAUAUCACUGAAGUAUUUGACAGAAUGAGAAAGAUUAGGCAAGGAUACCAGUAUGAAGGAGAAGUGUUGUAUUUUCUUGCAGAGGAUGGUUCUGUCAUUGGCUUGCUUAAAAAGAAAACUGUUUGGUACAUCCUAUGCAGAGCAAUCAGAGAAAAAACUAGAUUCUCUUGUGCAGCUUUAUUAAAAAGUAAAAGUUCAUUUUCAAAACAAAAGUCUAUCAGUCAGGUGGAGAAAAGGUUGGAUGAGAUACAGAAAUGGUUGCUGCUUAGUGACCAAACCAUACAAAAGUGGAAGGACCUAGGUACUGGCUUUCUAGUCUACUGCAUUCAACAGAUAGACAGUGGCAAUUGCCAGAUGGAGGAUAUAGCAGACAGAUUUCCUGUUGUCUGGAAAUCUUAUUUAGAAGUUCAUAAUUACACAGAUGAAAUAACUGUUCAAUGUGAUGUUGAUGUCAUAGAUGGGGAAGCUUCUAGUUAAUACUUAAUACAUAAUUGAAUUUUUUAUUUUAGAAUAAAAUUGUAUGUUUCUGUUACAAUUGAUAAUACAAUGUGUCUCAUAUUUCUCUAGUUUGCUAGUUUUAUUGGAUUGACAAAUAAUUUUCAACUGGUUAUUACUUAUUUAAAUAAUAAACAUGAAAUAUGUCUUAAUAAAGAUAAUCAUGUUAAGAUUUUACACACUCUGAAGAAAUGAGCAAUAUAAAUUGACCCAUAGCAAGAUCCAUGAGGUGCGGUGGCUGAGCAGUAAAGCACUUGACUUCCGAACCGGGGGUCCCGGGUUUGAAUCCUGGGAUUUUUAAUUUCGGGAUCUUUAAGCGCCUCUGAGUCCACCCAGCUCUAAUGGGUACCUGACAUUAGUUGGGGAAAAGUAAAGGCAGUUGGUCGAUGUACUGGCCAAAUGACACACUCGAUAACUGUAGGGCACAGAAACAGAUGACUUUUACAUCAUCUGCCAUAUAGGUCUGAAAGGGGGACUUUACUUUACAUUGCAAGAUCCACCUGAUUUUUACAAAGUUUUUAUCAACUUUCUGUCUGUCUGCUAUAAAUUUUGUAAAUGUUAUUUCUCCUACUUCCCAUUCUCGGAUCAAGCUGAAACUUUGCACAAUUAUUCAUUGCCCCGACAAAAAAACUUUAAUCAAUUGAAAAAUUGACCAUUAUUUUAUCUAUUAAUUGUAAUUAAUUAGUUUUCAUUUUAUAUAUUAUUAAUGGCAAUGUAUUAGAUUCUGAAGAUUGAGGAUGAGGAUGAGUGCUUUAUUUCACAUGACUACGCAAACCCAGUUGUGACCCACAUAUUUUUCCACAUCUUGACAAAGCGUUGUCUGCCAGUAGUCUAUUUAACUUUUCUUUAUGUCAUUUGCCCCGCCUUUUUUCUAUAAGGUCCUUUCUUUUGGUCUCAAAUAUGUCUUGCAGCCUUUGUGAGAACUCUCCAAGUGUCUCUUUCAGGGGCCAUCUGCUGCCAGUUACUUUCCUCUAUGGCAGUGAGGGUGAAAUAACACUUGAGUUGAUCUUUAUAACGCAUACAUGGAGGGGGGGCGCACCUCUGUUAUGCCAUUCUCCCUUAAGUUCGCCAAAGAAGAUCGCCUCACCCACAGUUUGACAAUUACAGAGUAAUGACAACACACCAUCCAUAAAACCUUUUUGUAUUAUGUGUCACUGAAAUGUUGGACUUCAUGUAAUUCAAUACUGGGACCUUCAAAAAUCCCAAGCUCAAACAUGUCAUUUUGUGUGAAAUGUAAGCACAUGUGUGAAAAUAGGACAACCAAAUGGACACAUAAACAAUUUCUUGUUGUGAAACCAUGAAA